UUCAUUUAGUCUUGGCUUGUCUCUUGUACAAAUUCAAAAGACAAUAGAAAGGUACCUUUGCCUUGUCUGUAUUUAAAUUGAGAGAUUACGGACUUAGGAGAACGCAUCCACUAUCAUACCAAGAGAUUCUGCCUUGUUUAUGCACAAACUCUCCCCAUUGUUAAUUAUCACACACAUGCGAGAGAAACAGAGAAAGAGAGACAUGGCUUAUGCUGCUAUUACUUCCCUUAUGAACACCAUACAACAAUCAAUGCAAGUUACUGGAUGUGAUUUGCAAUCGUUCUAUGAGAAGCUUGAGUCCCUGAGAGCUAUUAUUGAGAAUUCCAGCAAUAUAACAGGCGAUCUUGAAGCGCUGACAAGCUUGGAAGCACAAAUCGCAGAGGUAGCAUGCGGAGCAGAAUAUAUGUUGGACUCGAAAUCAAUAAAAUCUCUUUGCGCAAAAACAUCAAUUAUACAAAGCAGAACACUCUGGAAACUCUGCUGUUCCUUGGAACAAGCGGUAGAACACAUUGAUUCCAUCAUGAAGCAGUGGAUGGCAAUACGGGACUGGUACAACAACAUCAAGGAUUUGAAAGCACAAAAUUUUUCUCUUGCUAGUUUACCUGAGCAUGCUGUAGAGCCCGAGAAUAUAAUGGUUGGCCAUGAAAGUGAAUUCGAGAUGAUGCAGGAGCAACUUGUUAGAGGAGCAAGGGAACUAGAAGUUGUCUCAGUUGUAGGGAUGGGUGGCAUCGGAAAGACAACUUUGGCUAACAAAAUUUACUGUGAUCCAUUCAUUAUGUCUCGCUUUGACAUUCGUGCAAAAGUUACUGUUUCACAAGAGUAUUGUGCGAGAAAAGUACUCCUAAGCCUUCUUUCUUCUAUAAGUGGGAAGUCUGAUGAAUUUUUUGAUCAAGAUGAUGGGCAACUAGCAGACCAAUUGCAAAAGCUUCUAAAAGGCAGGAGAUACUUGAUCGUCAUUGAUGACAUAUGGACUACAAAAGCUUGGGAUGAUAUAAAGCCAUGUUUCCCGGACUACACCAAUGGAAGCCGAAUACUCCUGACCACUCGGAAUAUGGAAGUGGCUGAAUAUGCUAGCUCAGGUAACGCUCCCCGUCAAAUGCGCCUUUUGAAUUUUAAUGAAAGUUGGGACUUGCUACAUAGAAAGGUAUUUGAGAAAGAAUGUUUCCCUCCUGAAUUUGAAAAAAUUGGAAAACAAAUUGCAUUAAAAUGCGGAGGAUUAUCUCUAGCAAUUACUGUGAUUGGUGGACUUCUCUUCAAAACCGGUAAAGCGUUAGAUGAGUGGCAAAGUGUUGCCGAGAACGUAAGUUCAGUGGUAAGUACAGAUGCUGAUGUCCAGUGCAUGAGAGUUCUAGCUCUGAGCUACCAUUACUUGCCACAUCACCUAAAGCCGUGCUUUCUGUAUUUUGCUAUCUUCGAAGAGGAUGAAUCGAUUUAUGUCAAUGAACUUAAGAAAUUAUGGGUAGUGGAGGGAUUUUUGAAGGCGGAAGAGAUGAAAAGCAUAGAAGAAGUGGCAGAAAAAUGCCUAAAAGAUCUAAUAGAUAGAAGUUUAAUUUCCAUCCGCGAUUUGGCUUUCGGUGAAACAGUCAAGAGUUGUGUAAUGCAUGAUGUGAUCCGUGAACUCUGCUUGAGGGAAGCUCCAUGUGUGCAAUUCAUGCAUUUUUCCUCUAACAAUCGAGGUCAGAUCAGUAGCCUAUCGAACUACCGUAUCAUUAUGAGAAAAUUAUAUAGGUGUGCCAAUAAUGAGGCCCGUUCUAUUUUCUUUCAUAAUGAACACUUAAGCUUCAUGUCGGAGUUGCUGCCUUUCAAGCUAGUAAGAGUACUAGAUCUAAGUCGAAUGAGCUUUAUUGUUUUUCCCAGUGGGAUAAUUGAAUUAAUUCACUUGAGAUACCUAGCUUUGGGUCUUUCUCCUAGAUUACAUAACUAUCUAGGAAAAGAGAUUCCCUCAUCAACAGACGUUCCUCCAUCCAUAUCAAGCCUACGUUAUUUGGAAACUCUUAUACUUUCACAAGGAUGUUUUGCGGCUCCAAUACAUCCUCUGAUAUUACCAUCGGAAAUUUUGACUAUGCCGCAACUGAGGUACCUACAUUUGGGCUGGAAUUACUUGCACUAUCACGAGCUUACAGAGAACAGUUUGGUUCUGAAAAAUUUGCAGUGUCUGUCUGGAUGGAAUCCUUGGUAUUCUACUGGGUCUGUCGUUAAACUAUUUCCCAACUUAAAGAAAUUAUUUAUAUGGGGUGUCGAAGAAGACUUUCAUAGUCGCAAGGACCUCUAUGAUUUUCGCUGCUUAGAUCAGCUUGAGGAAUUGCAAUUUUAUCAGGGUCAUCGACGUCUUCAUGCUUGCUUUCUAGAAAGCAUUACACCUUCAGGUGCUACUCCACAAGAUCCUCUGAGGUUUCUGAAAAUGCUAGGUCCACCUUGUGCAGAUGGCGUUCCACCUUUGCUCCUACCUCCUACAGAUGCUUUUCCACAAAACCUUAAGAAGUUAACUUUUAGCAGGACUUCUUUGCGGUGGAAGGAUUUGAGCGUUGUUGGUAAAUUGCCCAAACUCGAGGUCCUUACACUAGAUUGUAAUGCCUGCACAGGUGAGGAAUGGGAGGUAGUUGAGGAUGGUUUUCCUUGCUUGAAGGUCUUGCUACUGGAAGAUUCAGGCAUUCGGUACUGGAGAGCCAGUAGUGAUCACUUUCCCUGCCUUGAACGACUAUAUCUCGCAGGUUGCUGGGAUUUGGAUUCAAUCCCUCAAGAUUUUGCAGAUAUAACCACACUUGUUCGAAUUGAUGUAAUGUAUUGUUCAGCAUCUGCUGAGGAUUCCGCCAAGCAGAUUCUACAGGACAUGCAAGACAACUAUGCAAGUUCUGUGGAUCUUCGUAUCCAUCCGUUAAUCUUGUAAGACAUCUUCUUCCUUCAUUUACUUCUCAUAAUUGUUGCUUGUAUUUGGGUGUGCAAAUUAUAUAUGCUAAUGCUAAAGGCUUGUUUGAUCAAGAAUAGUUUACUUGAUUU